AAGCAAGCAAGCACCGUGCAGCAGGUACCGGUAUUCCACCCUCCCGUCUCACCUCUUCGAAAACCGACGGUCUGAUCGAUCCUGGAAGGCAAUCGGACUUCAAGAUGGCAACACCCAAGCCCCAGACGCCCGUGGUGGACAUUCACACGCACAUGUACCCUCCAGAGUACAUCUCGAUGCUCAGCUCACGGGCCUCGAUCCCCCUUGUGCGAACGUUCCCAUCCUCGCCAGAUCCGCGCCUAGUCCUUCUCGAAGCUGAAGUACCCGCCCUUGAGAAAGCCACAGGCAGCGGCGACGCCAAUGCCCCGGGAACGAUUCUCCCUGGCCGGCCCCUGACCAGACACUUCACCUCCCUUUCCCAGAAGAUCUCAUUCAUGGACACACACAACAUCUCCAUCUCUGUCCUCUCCCUGGCCAAUCCCUGGCUGGACUUCCUCCCCGCCAACGAAGCCGUGUCGAUUGCACGGUCCAUCAACGCCAGUUUCGAAGAAAUGUGCGGCGCCCACCCAGGACGACUGUAUUUCUUCGCCUCGCUGCCACUGACCUCCCCACUGGAAGCCAUCCUCUCCUUCAUCACCACCGCUCUUCCUUCGUUCCGCCACUGCCGGGGCAUCAUUCUCGGCACCUCAGGCUUAGGCUCGGGGCUGGACGACCCGGCCAUGCUCCCCAUGUUCGCUGCCCUCGCAGAUGCCAACCUGCCGGUCUUCUUGCACCCGCAUUAUGGCCUGCCAAACUCAGUCUUUGGAAAGGCAGACUAUGGCCAUGUCCUGCCCCUGGCGCUGGGUUUCCCUAUGGAGACGACCAUUGCCGUCGCAAGGAUGUACCUGGCUGGUGUGUUCGACGCGGUGCCGGGGCUAAGAAUGAUUCUAGCCCAUUCUGGCGGCACGCUGCCCUUCCUAGCCGGGAGGAUCGAGAGUUGUCUUUUGCAUGAUGCCAAAUUUGCUGGAGCUGUCAGAGAGCAAGGUGACCGGAGGCGGACGGUGUGGGAUGUCUUGAGGGAGCAAGUCUAUUUGGAUGCUGUGGUGUAUUCAGAGGUUGGAUUGAAGGCGGCCAUUGAAGCAAGUGGCGGGGGUAAGGAAGGGGCGGCGAGGUUGAUGUUCGGCACCGACCACCCUUUCUUCCCGCCGCUCGGGGGCCCGAAAGGAGCCGAGGACGGUGAGUGGGAGAGUGUUAGACUGAAUGCGGAUGCGGUCGGGAGGGCUUUGGGGGAGGGCAGCGAGGAGGCCGAGAUGGUCAUGGGAGGUAAUGCUGUCAGAGUCCUGAGGUUAUACGAAGAGUAGAAGCUAGACUUUGCGGGCAAUGUCUGUACAUUGUGCCGGACGCCUCGGGUCGUUUGACACCAUGUUCUAUGAUAUGCACAAGAACAGGAA